GGUGGCUGUCUUACAAUGUCAUUCAAUGUGUAUCCAUCUCAGAUGUCCAGCCUGAUCAUAAACUAUCUUAUCAAAUUACAGAACAAGAGAUCAACAUUACUGUACAGCAGCUUCCAACCCUGAAAGACAACCACCAAUACCUGUGUGCCUUCGACACUUACGUGGUGAAUGCUGUUACAACGCCUGAUACAGUAAUGUGUACAAGUCCUCCUGUGGACGAAUUGCCCACAAUCCCUGAUGAAGAUGACCAUAAGAAUUUGACUCUUUCCAUUUUCUCAACGGAGACCGCAGUUUACUUCAUAAGCACGGAUUUUAUCCUCUUUGACUGCACCCACCAUAAAUCUUGUUCGUCCUGCGUCUCAAGUGCAUGGCCAUGUGACUGGUGUGUUUAUGACAACAUGUGUACGCAUGUUAGCAGCUCAUGCCAGGACGGUGAAACAGUGGUGAUUGGAGAAAAUAAUCCCAUAGGCUCUGGAGACAAAGGACAGAUUUACUGUCCUCAGCUGGUUGGUACAUCGGAAACCUUCUUCAUACCAGUGAAUAUUCCUUCAAGUUUCUCAUUUGUGGCAAGAAAUAUUCCUACAGAUCAAACAAAGAUCCAGUCAUUCGACUGUAUUCUUCUAAUUGAUGGAGAUGAGACACGAGUAGAAACUGCAUUCGUCAAUGAAAGUUAUGUUCUGUGUGGGGCUAAAGAGUACAUGUAUGCUGACGACAUCCUUCAGAACAAUGUGAGCGUCUCCGUUCAGUGGAAUGACCAACACUAUAUAGAUGACCCAAAUGAUGCGUAUGUGACUCUGUACAAGUGUCCUGCCAACGGUGGAAGCUGCAGCCGGUGUCUAUCUCCGGAAGCAACACCUUCGUUCUUAAACUGCGGUUGGUGUGGGAAUGACUGUAAUGUAAUUGAGAGUGAUGUUUGUCAGAGCAAUCGAUUUGUCAAUCAGAAUGAGACCAUUCUUUGUUCAGCACCAGUUAUAACUGGAUUUUAUCCCAUAUCAGGUCCAAUUAAUGGCAGUACAAGAUUGGAAAUCAUCGGAACCGACCUAGGAGUGUCAUUUAUUGAUGUUCUAGAGGUUACUAUAGGAGACUUGGUGUGUAGCCUGACUGACAUGGAUUCCUACUAUCAGCCAGGGCAGAGUGUAAGUUGCCUAACUGGAUUAUCCCCCGCGGUAACAUCAGGACACAUCGCGAUUAAGAUAUGGUCUGGUGAGAGGUCUAGAACCGGAAACAGUAGUGAACAGUUCCACUACAGGGAUCCCGUGAUCUCAGGGUUUAACCCUACUGAGGGACAGGCAGCGGGAGGGACACGGGUCACCAUAACAGGAAUGGACCUGAACACAGGAAGAGUCAUCGAAGCUAGAUUCGGAGCAGCACAAUGCAACGAAUUGAUGUUCGAAAAUUCGACGAUGACUUGUAUUACAAGCGGCAUAACCAUUACUGGAGAAACCUCUCAUGUCAGAUUGAUCAUGUCAUUUGAUGGAGUUGAAAGAGUGUUUCGGGAAUACAGCUUUACCUACAAAGUAAACCCGGUAAUAACUGAUAUAGGCACGCCCAAAUCCAUUCUGUCAGGAGGCAUUGAUAUCGAAGUAACGGGAGAAAGAUUUGAUCUGAUUCAAGAUCCUAGAGUUUUCGUUACUUCACUCACGACGAAUGCCACCAGAUCCGAGGUGUGCAAUGGAACGGAUACUCUUCUUAUUUGUCCUACUCCAAGUUUCCCUGAUGAUGUCACACCUAACAGAAGAAGGCGAGCAGUAAAUGACGCAAUAGUGGCAAAUCUGACCUUUGACUUUGAUGGAUACAUCAUCGACGGCGGCAUCAUUGAAUACUACCCAGACCCUCUCUAUUACAGCUUUGGUGGAUCAGACAGAAUCUAUGAAAGCGGCAACAGCCGACUUGAGAUCGAAGGAAUGAACCUUAACUUAGCCAGCACGGAAGAUGAUGUUACAGUUUUGAUAGGUCCUGAUGGUGUCUGUGAUGUGGAUGAUCUUGAGACGGAUGUGUUACGAUGUCAGCUACCGGGGAAGAAGCCUCAACCUGGUAACAUCAAUGGAACAGUUGAACCCGGACCUACUCAAGGGUUACCAGCUGUCACGGUAUUCCAUGGAAAUCUGGUAUUCUAUCCUGGCUACGUAGAUUACUCGACGACAACCAUUAACGUCGGUCUCAUUGUCGGUAUUGUACUUGGUGUUGCUGCGUUCGUUAUCAUUGUCCUCGUCGUGGUAGGCGUCAUUCUCUACAGACGAAGUCACGAGAAAAUAGGCAAACAAGUCCGUGAGAUUGAGAUGUUAGAGAAGAAGAUCCAAGGUCGAGUGCAAACAGCUUUUCAUGAACUACAGACCGACAUGUCUGAAGUGGAGGAGCAAAUCGGCCAUCUUGGUGUACCAUUUGCAAAUGCACUGGAUUACUUAAAGAAUAUGCUCUUUGCAGGCUUGGCUAUUCUUCCACCAACCACAGACCCUGAGUAUUUGAACUCUGAUCUUGAGACAGCAAUGAUUAUGUUCUCAAGGCACCUUAGUAAUCCAGACUUCUUGACCAACUACAUCAAACAUCUUGAGGAACAAAGGAAAACGCACCGAAGAGAUAGGGUCAACAUUGCCUCUCUAAUAACAACCGUACUGAUUACAGAAGGAAAGUUUGGAUAUUUCACGGAAACUCUCUUCAAGUUGUUGGAAGAAUGCAUCGAGGAGGGCGCAGAGAGCGGAAGAGCUAAAUCGCUCUUUAGGAGGAAUGAGACGAUCGUUGAAAAACUCCUCUCCAACUGGAUCGCAAUCUGCAUGUAUCGAUACCUCAAGCGUCAUGCAGCCGAACCUCUGUACUUGCUUUACCAGUCCAUCAAGAUACAGGUUGAGAAAGGACCAAUUGAUAUCACUACAGGACAGUCUGUCUUCUCAUUGAACUUUGAAUGCCUCUUGGAAGAAGAAGUGGAAUUCAACGAACUGACCCUAUCGGUUGUUGGCAGAGAUAAAAGACACUUGUACUACGUCAAGGUUCUUGAUGUUGAUUGCAUGACUCAAGUCAAACAGAAGAUACUGGACGCUGCGUACAGAAACAGCCACAUCGUACAGCAAAACAGGGCUCACGAGAUGGAUCUCCUGUGGUAUCAUCCUGGUGGGGAAGAGAGGGUCUUGAAAGAUCAAGAUGAAUUCAACAAACUUGUUGAGAAUUCUAAAGGUGCAUGCUACAUCAAUACCGUCAAGACAUAUGCGGUUCCAGACAGUAGCAGAGUGGCCCUUAUUACCAAGUCAUCCACGAAUGACGGAGGGGUAUACGAGCCUGUGACCCCAGGGGUGCAACUCUUCCAACAAUAUAUUGAGGAAACAGGAACCGAUGACAUUCCCAGCAGAGACUACGUACGAGUCCGUACGAUGGAUGCCAGCGGACAACGUCUCAUCCACUUAGUUCCUGAGAACCAAGUUCAUAUGGACAGCAGCAGUAAAUCCAAGACCAAACUUGAUCGUGAAUUCUUGGCACCUCGUUUGCUUGUCACCAAGAAAACAAUCCAACCGCGCCUUGACGGGUUCCUGACAUGCGUCUUCAAGAAGCCGGCCGAAACACCACGCACCAUCAAGCAUCUCUUUGACUUCUUUGAUAAGAUGGCGGUCAAGUACUGCGACGAGAAGCCAGAGGAGAUCGCAGAAGCUUGGAAGAGCAGCAGUCUACCACUGCACUACUGGAUGACCACUUUGACCCACCCAUCUUACGUCUUCGACAUGCGUCAGUCAAGGUCUGCCGAUCAGAGUGUAUCGGUCCUUGCUAACAUGCUGGACAACGCAUGCAAGAAGAUCCGAUCUGAAAAUACCAAGGAUUCUGCACUCAAUCGAGUACUGUUUUACAAGGAUCUACCUGGAUACAUCGCUACCAUUGGCGAUUACUAUGAGAGCAUUAAAGGACUGACACCACCAACGGCAGAAGAACUCCAAGAGGAAUUCCAAACCAUCGCAAAUGAUUUUUCUGGUCUGUUCAGUCGAGUAGCAACCCUUACAAAGUUGUACGACUUCACCGCCAAUGAUGCAGGCUCUCUAUUGGAUUCGGUCACAGAAAAGAUGCCAAACUAGGGGUAGUUGUUGGCAUGGUUCAUCUCGAUCUGCAGAUAUUACUAGUAUUGAUGUUCACGAUAGCAUUUGGAGUCAAUAUUGAUAUAUGUUCUUGUAGUAUUACAAUCAUACUCAGAAAUGUCUCUCAUAACCUACCAUAUUUCACAUUUUAAUCGAGCGUUGCAUUUAGGCUCCCCACUUCUAUUAUAUACUUCUGUAAAAUACUUAAUCAAUACCUCAGUCAUUUACAUUUUUACCAGCUCCAUAUAGGUGAUUUGAAUAAAUCUGAAAAAACCGGCUGUUUUCGACUCUUCAUACGGCCACCGUAGAGCAAACGUGACUGAGGUGUUAAUCUUGAAACGUUGUGUUUAAAGGUAAUAUGUCUUAUCAUAUAGUUUGUUUAAGCGGCGCCAUUAUAUUCAAAUUUAUUUCAAAUAUUCUCAGCGUUUAUUAAUCUAGAAGUUUUCGUUUAUCAUGUCAAUAUUGCUUCAUAAAGUGUAUUACAUUUGGUUUUUAAUUGAACGAACUUGAUAUCUCCAAAAUGUGAUGAAAUUUAUGUUUAGGAUAUUGAUUAUUAUUAUUGUGCGUUCUAUGAUGUAAAAUCGAUUCACUACUUGCUCUACUCACCGACACAGGUGCCUCAUGCUUCGAUUAUAUCAACAAUGUGUCCACAAAAGUCAAAACGCCCCUGUUCGGAGCGAAUAUCCAGUAGACAGUUAAAUAAAUUUACUAUACGAAGGAGGACGCGAUCAAAUUCGAGCUAGUUCUUGUUGAUUGGCGGAUGCUCUAUAAACAUGUUAAAU